GAUAUAUAAAUUUAUUUUAUAACUUCAUUUAGUUCUGCUGUAGAAUCAGUGGUAUGUUAUGCUAUAACUACACUUCAUAAUUUGCUCUUGCAUCAAGAAGGAUCUAAAAUGGCAGUUAGAUUAGCUGGUGGUCUACAGAAGAUGGUAGUUCUACUUCAAAGAAGCAAUGUGAAAUUUUUAGCUAUCGUUACUGAUUGUCUGCAAAUUCUUGCUUAUGGAAAUCAAGAAAGCAAGUUAAUAAUUUUGGCAAGUGGGGGUCCUGCUGAAUUAGUGCGAAUUAUGCGUUGUUAUACAUAUGAAAAAUUAUUAUGGACAACAUCAAGAGUUUUAAAAGUACUCUCUGUAUGUAGUAGCAAUAAACCAGCAAUAGUAGAAGCAGGUACAAAUUUUUUAUGAAUUCAUUGAUAAUCG